GACGCAUUCCAAAACAUCCGUUCGCGUAGAGCUCCACUACUCCACUCUGCUCCGCUCGCUUGCUGUCACUGGAAGCUGGUCGUAUUGUCCUCCGAAAGGAAACAGGUGCCAAUAAUUGAAGAAGAAGAAGAAGAAGAAGCUAGAGCUCGCCGUUAGCGAGGUUCGGCCGACGAGCGACGCGGAGCGGCCGGGGUUCCCGAUUCGCGGGAUCGACUUCCAUCGGUGCUCCGGAUCGGCGAGAGCGAUCCACGAAUGAUUUCCGUGAGUAGGAGUGGGCGUACCAGCGGGGUUCCAAGCGCUAAGCCAAGGAAUAAUAGUUCCACAGGAGUGACAGGAGUAGUUGGGAGCACCCAGAGGCUGUCCCGGAGCAUUAUCUUCUUCCGGAAGCUUCUUCUUCUUCUUCUUCUCCUUCGCUGAAAGAGGAAGAAAUGCUUCCAAUCUCCUAGAGGAAGUUUAUACAAGCUGUACCGAGAAGUGAAGUCCCGAAGGAACGCGACGGAGGAGGAUGCUCGCCGACGUGGAGGCGUGAGGCCGCGAAUUAUGGAGUCGACGAGCCACAACGUGCUCCUCGGCAACGGUGGUGAACGCGCGCGCCUCCCCGGGGACCCCUCGUGACGUCGCCGAGCCCCAGGCAGGCAGACAUGCAUCAGAACCGGCGGAAGAAGAAACGGGUGAACUACGGGGUGAGGGCGGUCGAGGUGGUCCGCGGCGCGAAGGGCUUCGGCUUCACGAUAUCCGGCCAGCAGCCGUGCAUCCUGAGCUGCAUCGUGCAGGGCAGCCCGGCGGAGGGUGCCGGGCUGCGUGCCGGCGACUAUCUCGUCGCCGUCAACGGCCACAACGUCAGCAAGGUGCCGCACGACGACGUGGUGCAGCUGAUCGGCAGCUCCAAGGGCAUUCUGCGGCUGCAAAUCGCCGAGAACUAUUACUCCGACUCCUCGGACGAGGAGGGCCUGGCCACCGUAAGAUCCAAGCCCAAGUACGCGCACAAGCCGCGGGCCGCUAACGCGAGUGCUUUGCAGUUGCAAUGCAGGGCGGCGAAGGUGGUCAGGGAUCUGCAGAGCGGCGCGAUGUUCAACGCGGUGGCCGACCUGGUGGCGCCAGCAGCACCCGAGUCAGCUAAAAGUCAGUACAAUUAUUCCGGCCCGCAUUAUCGCUGGAACAUGACGAGCCCGCUCCCGCCACCGCCACCGCCGGUCUCUCACAAGCGCGACUCCGAGAAGAUCGUGCACCGAACGGUCGUCGGUUAUCUCGGUACUAUCGACAUACCGAACCAGUUGCAUCCGUCCUCUAUGAUGCAGGUUUUGAGAAAAUGCAUUAAAAGACUGAAGGCCGAGAAGCGGAAUCCAACUACCGUUCUUCUCACCAUUCACGUUGCCAACAUUAAGCUCACCAAUUCGGAGAAUCGCGUUAUCGCCGAGUACCCUUCGUAUCGGAUAAUAUUCUGCAACUCCUUUUCCGAGCAGGACAAGCAGUAUUUCGGAAUAUUAACCAAGUCCAUGAAGAACACGGACGAUAUUGUCUCAAACUCGUGCCACGUUUUCACUAUUUAUUACAAGUUGAUCGACCACGAGGUGCACUCCAAUGCGUGUAACGUGUUCGGAUUUAUGUGUACAAAGUCGUCAGAGUUAAACGUCUGCCAGGAGUUCCCCGAUAGUUGUACGAGCCUCAUCGGUGCCAUACAGACACUGUAUAUAUCCGAUUGCACGAAUAGGGAGACGAGUCCUUACAACGAGGCACGCAUACGCUUGGACGCCGCUUCUCCUCAACCGAGCAACAUUAGCACGUCGACCGCUCAUUCGAGCAACAGCGAUUCCGGAAUUGGUUUUAAGGAUGAUUACGGCAGCUGCUCGGGUAAAAACACGAACGACUGCGAACGAAGAAGGCAAUACUCCAAUAUGCAAUAUAGGAAUGUAAGCGGGCGAUUAUCCAGAGAACCUGUCAAUGAGGCUGCGGGACACCGAUUGACAGUUCGCGCGACCUCGGAGGCCAGAUUGUGGAACGAAGAACUAAAAUUCGACCCUUCUAAAGAGAUGCGGCACGUGGCGGGGAGUGGGGAGGGUACGACCACCACCUGCGCCGGAACAUCUGCCCCUGCUGCGACGGCACGCACCAUGUUGGCCAGUACGUCCGUUGGAUCCCUCGCGUCCGUUUGUACCACGGCGCUGCUCGACGGCAUCGAGGACGCCGCGGAGUCGUCUAAGGUCGCGUCGACGGAGGGACUGAAACGUCUCAUGGACACCACGAACAAGCUCAGCCCGAAGGUGUACUGCGGCCAGGUCACCAAGUCGCUGGUGCACAGCUUGGAGGACAUCAAUUCCAGCAUGGAGUACGCGCGGCCGCCCUACUGUCAUUCGUAUUCCGGCAAGUCCGACAAGCCACGUCCUUGGGGGAGUCUGCAGGAGAUACGGAAUUUUCGCAGCAGCGUCUCGGACAAGUGCAUAUAUGGUAGUACAGAAUCCUGUGACAAGAACAGUGACUGCAGAGGAGUGCACACGUGGGCAAAUGGAUUUGAGAAACUGUUGGAGGAUCCAAAGGGCCUGCAAACGUUCGCUGAAUUUCUCAAGAAGGAGUUUAGUCACGAAAAUAUAUAUUUUUGGGCUGCUUGUGAGAGAUAUAAAGAUACUAAGGACGCUGCUCUACGCCGUCGAUUAGCUUGUCAGAUAUAUCAACGCCAUUUGUCGAAUACAGCCGCCGAGCCAGUAAACGUUGAUAGUCAUGCGUCGGGACAAAUUACCCAAGAAUUACUCGACGAAGCACCCGCGGAUUUAUUUCUACAGGCGCAGAAACAAGUAUUCAACCUAAUGAAGUUCGACAGUUACCCGAGAUUCCUACGAUCGGAACUUUAUCGUGCCUGCUUGGAAGCGGGGAGCGCCGUUGUUAAUACAGAAGACUGUGAUCUACAUCUUACAAGUUCGCCUAGCGUAAAAUUAAAGAAGAGUCAUUCCGAUGCGGAAGAUCGUUGUCGAAAAUCGAUUCUUCCCUGGAACAGAAAAAAUAGAUCUAAAUCGAAAGAUCGUGGUGAGUCCGAGUACAACAAAGCCCCUAGCCGAAGUGAGACUAUAUAUAAAAGCUUUACAGUUAUUAAGAGAGAGGCAGAAGGUAAUAAUAAUGAGGACACUGUGUCAAUAUCCAGUAGUCGGUCGUCAUUAGCGUCGUGGGAUUUGGCGUUCCGGCAGUCGUUUAAUAAACACUCUGUAUCGUCUUGCGAUGGGCAAACAAACGAAAAGAGAGAUCGCGGCAAAUGUACGGGUUUAUGUCGAGUCAUAUUGCCCGAUGGGUCCACUACUGUAGUGCCAACCAGUCAAACCGAGAGCAUUAAAGACGUGGUUACCCGUCUCCUUGAUAAGCGAGCUCUACGAUAUUCUAACUAUGAUGUUCUGAUACUAGCAACAGAUGAGAUGGUGGACACGAAAUGUUUUUCAUCAGUAUUAGCAGGCCAGGAAGUGGAAGUGGUUCUUACAAAAGUUUUAAAAGUAGAAUUACCCUCACGAAGGAUAAUAAGCGUUAUCGCUCAUAAGGGUAAAACUUUGAAAGAAGUUUUGAGACCUCUUCUAAAUAAAUACGGUUUCAAUUUAGACUUGAUUAGUAUUUGGAGCGAAGGCCGUGGCGUUCCUAUGGAUAUUAUGGCUAUCAAUGCUCCUACGCGCAUUAUUGUAGUCGCAAAUGAAGAAGAUUUUCAACGGGAGUUGCAUACUGCCAAGUAUUUAGAUGAAAUGCCACACGCACAGCCAACUCUGGAUGAAAUUACUAAUAAAGUAUUUGAAGAACUUCUGGUUGGGAAAAGUAGAAAUAAAUAUCAAUAUAGUGAAGGGUCAUGUAAGUCGGAUGAUCAACGUUCGGAAGGAUCUUCCAUAUUAUCUAGCAAAUUCUUUCUUCGGGAUUCGACAAUUCAUGGGAAGAAGAAGGCGAAAUCUAAAUGUUGCAACACAAAUGAAAAGAGUAAUACAAACGAUUGCAUACAUGAGGGAGCGCCCAUUAAAUCUCAGCCACCACUUAUCGCCAAGUUGCGUAAUGGUGUAAAAUUGCAACUUCCAGGCAGAUUUGACGGAGAUGGUAAGAAUGAUUUAUACGAGGGAUUGAAAAGGGCGCAAAGAUCGAGAUUAGAGGAUCAGAGAGGGACGGAAAUCAACUUCGAAUUACCAGAUUUUUUAAAGAACAAGGAGAAUGGGAAACGACCGGAUUCUAACAAGAUGCGAAGGACUCGGAUAGUGUCGGCCAAUUGCGAGGGCACCACCAAGUUUUACGACUCUGGCGAUGAUAAGCAAAGCAGCAGCGGGUACGAGUAUCCCACGCACGUGACGAACGGAGCCGCGAACGAACGAUUCUCAGCCUUGGUUAAUAUUACCGAGCCUUUAAGUAAGUGCCUUGAUAGCUCGUUCACUCUAGACGGCGAUAGGACACUGGUCGACGGCGAUCAAACGAUCAUCGAGAACGGUACUGAUUCCCCAUUGAAGAGCCCGCACUCGGGGAGCUACGGGAGCACGGACGUCUCGCCUACGAAGUUGUCGAAACCUCCCCCGUUACCGCCGAAGCCCAAAAAUCUUGUCGUAAACGUGGUGAAAAGCGGAUAUAUCGCGUCGCCGAAAACUCUACAAAGGCCUAACCAUGUGAUCGAAUGAAACAACCGAACACUAUGUAAAGAGAAAGAUAUUUUUUAAAUUAACGUAACGUCUCGCUUUUAGCAUAGCGUUUUCAUGUGAUGCCACGAUUAGCCGUUUAAACACGACACGGUACGAGAUACCUGAGUAAACUCCUUUAUUAAGUUUAUGAUUUAUUAGAAGGGAUGUGUGGCUCCGUGCGGGAGUUUAUACCUGGACGGAGAAUACAGGGCAACAUUAAUCGUAUUCCCUUAUUAUGCAGUUUUCUAUCAUAUAUUCACAUUCCGCAACUUAGAUUUUAUCUCGAAAACGGUUCUGUCCUGUCGUGCCUUGAUCCUAGAAUGCUAUUGUAUGUAAAUUUUAUUUUAAUUAUUUUAAUUGCUUUUAUUUUAAUGAAAUGUCGAUCUUUUUAAGGAAGUUUUCCCUUUUAUUUUAUACUUUUGUAUGUAUCAUGUUUGUUCUGCAUUGAUAUUGAGUCUAACGUAAUGGUAAUUUUGUGUCUCACGUUGAUUUUAUAUUUUUUAUCUAAAUUAAUCUAAAUUAAUAAUUUACAAAAUGGAUGCAACGAUAUUUUUUGUUGGUUUUGUUGGUUGGUGGAAAAUUAAAGAUUGUGAGUGAAGGAAUAUGACGUAAUCCGUUGUGAGAACCUAUAUCGUUUGAUAAGAUAGAAGAUUAUGUCUUUUAGUUAUACGUAAUACUUUUUUACGUAUCGUAGUAUUGCUGAAUGACGAUAGCAUUCUAGGAUCAGAUUAGAUAUGUAAUGUUAAACGUACACAUGAUAUAUAUUAUAUAUUUUAUAUAUCCCAGUUUCUUCGCAAACCGUUUUGACCAGAGAAACAAGAGAAGUCCAGGUGACGACAAUCUAUGCGCUUAUUAGAUGAUUAUAGGAACAAAUGUUAAUAAAAAAAAAGGUAUGUGCUCGAAAUGAGCCUAGUAGGAUAAACAAAAGGGGACGAUCUAUUUUCAGUAUUUCGAAUAAUUUUAUUAAUUAGAUGUAACUUCCAAAGGGAUCGCGUCCUAUACGGUAAUCUUGAUAAAGUUAUUAGGUAUUACGCACGCUGGGAAAAAAAACGUACGUGCGUCGCUUCGUAACAAACAGAAGAUACUCAUCGUAGAGAGAAUUGUGCGAGACAAAUUCAUUUAUAUAUCGUAUUGGUGGGGCAUCUAUUGCGACAUUCUAAUAUAUUGUAUUAUACGAUUGUCUGAAACUCUUAGGCAAGCUCUAAUAAAUUUUUUUAAAUUUUA